CUUAUGUCUCCAUAGACAAGUGACUGUCUAGAGAGAGAAAGAUCGAUAACAUAUAUUCGACAGCGUAGUGAUAGAGAGAGAGAGAGAGAGAAGGUGUAACUUGUAGAAGCCAUGGCCGGCGCAGCACAUAACAACGUGAACGGGCAGUUCUCCGACUUCCCGGCGGUCCCAACUCACGGUGGCCAGUUCAUCCAGUACAACAUCUUUGGGAAUCAGUUCGAGGUCCCGGCAAAGUACCGCCCUCCGAUCAUGCCGAUCGGUCGUGGCGCUUAUGGAAUCGUCUGCUCGGUGUUGAAUGCGGAAACGAAUGAGAUGGUUGCAAUCAAGAAGAUAGCGAAUGCGUUCGAUAACCACAUGGAUGCGAAGCGCACCCUCCGUGAGAUCAAGCUCCUGCGCCAUCUUGAUCACGAGAAUGUUAAUGCUAUCAGAGAUGUGAUUCCUCCACCUUUAAGGCGGGAAUUCACAGAUGUCUAUAUCGCCAUUGAGCUCAUGGACACUGAUCUUCACCAAAUCAUCCGGUCCAACCAAAAUUUAUCGGAGGAGCACUGCCAGUACUUCUUGUAUCAAAUACUGCGAGGACUCAAGUACAUUCACUCGGCUAAGCUCAUCCACAGAGAUCUCAAGCCCAGCAACCUUCUGGUGAAUGCAAAUUGUGAUCUUAAGAUCUGCGACUUUGGUCUCGCACGUCCGAAUGCAGAGAACGAGUUCAUGACUGAGUACGUUGUCACUAGAUGGUACCGAGCACCAGAACUUUUGCUCAAUUCAUCCGACUAUACUGCCGCAAUAGAUGUAUGGUCGGUUGGUUGCAUCUUCAUGGAGUUAAUGAACAGAAAACCUUUGUUCCCUGGGAAGGAUCACGUGCAUCAGAUGCGUUUGUUGAUAGAGCUUCUCGGCACCCCGACUGACUCUGAUCUCGGCUUCGUCCGGAAUGAGGAAGCAAGAAGAUACAUUCGCCAACUCCCCAGUCAUCCACGUCAGCCUCUAUCUAGUGUCUUCCCCCACGUCCAUCCACUGGCCAUUGAUCUUGUCGACAGAAUGUUGACGUUUGAUCCCAGUAAAAGAAUCACAGUUGAGGAGGCACUUGCCCACCCGUACCUUGCAAGAUUACACGAUGUGGCUGAUGAACCGAUCUGCCCAGAGCCAUUUGCUUUUGACUUUGAGCAUCAGUCCCUAGGGGAGGAGCAAAUGAAGGACAUGAUCUACGCUGAGGCCAUAGCCCUCAAUCCUGAGUUUGCCUAAGAAAGAGAGCACAACCAUUGUGUUCAUCUCAGACUUACUAAGUCCACAUAUUUUGAGCACAUAUGUUCGGGUAACCACAAGCAGAAAGAAGAUUAGUGCUUGAUGCCCCCACAAGCAUAAUACAAGUUGUGGGCUCAAAUGUGGAUUUUUCAGUGAGGUGAAUCUCCGCUUUCUCCACUUAUCUUAUCGAGCUUUAGUUUUCUCAUAAGCAGCUGGGUUGAGCUCUACUGUUUCCAGAGCCUUUUUGGCCCCUUUUUCCUCCUUUGUAUUGUACAACUUAGCUGUAAGUCUGUAUCAAAAAUGUUAUCAAUAAAAAUCAACUAUUGUUUUGUUCAUUCAA